AUGGGUUCAAUCGCCACUGACAACGCGCCAUACCGGCCCACGCCAGCAGACAUCACCAUCAACAACCACAAUGCCGAAGACCCAUCCAAAAUCCUCUUCAAAAACGCCCGCAUCCUCGACUCGACCGGCCAACCCCCCUACAAUGGCAACGUCCUGAUCGAAAACGAACGCAUCGUCGCCGUAGGCGAGUCCAUCGAUACCACAACCGCCCGCGGCGCCUUAAUUAUCGACGGCGAGGGCAAGAAAACACUAAUGUCCGGCCUGAUGGACGCGCACACACACCUGAGCUGGAACAACGCCGCCGACCUCGACGGCCUCACCAGCCUCAAGCUCGAAGAGCACGUCCUGCAUACAGCGCACUCUGCAAAGACUUUCCUCGACUGCGGAUAUACCAUGUGUUUCGGGGCCGCGGCCGCGCAGCCCCGUCUCGACGUCGCGAUCAAGGGCGCUAUUAAGUCCGGUUUGAUUCCGGGCCCGAGGACGCUUGCGAAUACGCCUGAGAUUACGACGACGGGGGGCGCGAUUGUGCCUAGUAUCUCGCGCUAUGCGGAUGGGCCGGAGCAGAUGCGGGAGCGGGUGAGGGAGUUUAUUGAGCUCGGGGCGGAUAAUAUCAAGCUUAGCAUGAGUGGAGAUGAUAUUCAUCCAACGAUGCCGAGUACGGAGACGUAUUUCUCGCUUGAGGAGACGCAGGCUGCUGUGGAUGAGGCGCAUUCGCAGGGUAAGCGUGUAUGCGCACAUGCGAGAAGUGCUGAUUCCGUCAAGUUCGCUGUCCAGGCUGGGGUUGAUGUGAUCUACCAUGCCAGUUUCAUUGACGAUGAGGGAAUGAGUAUGCUUGAGGCGGUGAAGGAUCGCGUAUGGGUUGCGCCGGCGCUUAACUUCUUUUAUACGACUUGCACCGGCGAAGCCACGCCGUACGGUCUGACGGCUGAAGCGGCCGAGAAGAAGGGUAUCAAGUUCGAAGUGGACACUGCGUGCAAAGCCAUGCAGGAGAUGCGGAAACGGGGCAUUCGUGUCAUGCCUGGUGGUGACUAUGGGUUUGCAUGGGCUCCUCACGGAACGUAUGCGCGGGAUUUGAAGCAUAUGGUGGACUUGUAUGGGUACACGCCCAUGGAGAGUAUCGUUGCUGCCACUGCUUGGGGUGGCGAGAUGAUGGGGUAUCCGAAGGAAUUGGGCAAGGUGGCUCCUGGGUUUUAUGCGGAUGUCAUUCUGGUCGAUGGAGAUCCUUUGGCUGAUCUCGAGGUUCUUCAAGAUCAGAAAAAGUUGCAUGCGAUUGUUAUCAAUGGGCAUAUUCAUAAGCGUGUUGUGCCUCCGCAGGCUGUUUAUGUUGAGUAG